GUAGUUACAAAAUAGAUGGUAAAACCAUUUUGUCUACUUUUAGGACUUGCCAAGGAUGAGUAUUACAUCAUUGGAAGAGUAAUUGCUGUGUCACUUGUCCAUGGUGGCCCUGCUCCACACUUUUUCUCCAGACAUUUUGUAGAAUACAUCUGUGGUAAAACAGAUGUUUCACCAUCUAUUGAAGAUGUCACAGAUCCAGACAUUCAGAAUGUGCUUCAGGAGAUUCAAAGAUGGAUUGUCAACCCUCGAUGUGCUUCAGAAAAUUCUAGAAAGUCCAUCAGCGUUUGAACCUUAUUUGUGCUUCAGUACUCAAAAUCU